AUGAUUAAGCUGCAAAAUGUAUAUAAAACGGGAUCAGGCAAAAACUCGUGCAAUUCGUCGCGACGAGAGAUCCUGGCUUGGGUAAAUGAAACUUUGGAUACCACUUUCAUGGAAUUGGAUGACCUGAGGUCCGGUGUGGAAUACUGUCAGUUGCUCCACAAACUCCGACCAACCGCCAUUAACUUGAGAAAGGUCAUAGUAAACACGUUGGCCCAACAUGAACAUAUUCUCAAUAUGAAGCUGCUGCAGAAGAGUCUCUGGAAUCAGGGUGUUGAGAAGCAAAUACCGAUUCUUCGACUGGUUUCUGGUGCUUGCCGCGAGAGCCUGGAGUUUGGUCAAUGGUUUAAGGCGUUUUAUCAGCAAACCAAACCAACUCUGCUGAUCAAGGAUUCCGGCAUAGACCUUGUCUCACAAGAAUCAUCUGUGGAUGAUGAUGCAUAG